AGAGGAAGAGGAAGAGGCCCCUCCCCUCCCCGGGUCUCGCGGCUGCAGCUCGUCAGUCAUUCUCUGAUGUUCCUCUGAUGGAGCUGCUGAAAAGAACCGUCUGCUUUUAUAUUGUGAUGCUUGUUGCUGCUUCAGAGGGACAGAAGACCUUCCUGAAGGCUGUUGUGGGAGGAAACGUCACUCUGCCUGAAUCUAUUCCUGAGGAAGGAUUUCUGCUACGGGAAUCAACAAACCUUGCUCAGGUGUUAGAGACUAAACUGAGAAUAAUCAGGGAACCCUACAAGAACAGAAUUCUGUGGGAUCAAUCCUCUGGACUCUUUACAAUCACAGACCUGCAGAGGAGCGACUCUGGACUUUAUAGCAUUGAUUCUAAUAACAAAAAAGAUGUUGUCUUUUACAACCUGACAGUUUUUGACUCGGUGGCGCCCCCUGCUGUGCAGAGACUGAACUCCAGCUCAGACGGCUGCUGGUUGCUGUGCUCUGUGGACAAACACAGCUCUCUGUCAUGGUUCAAAGGUCAGGAGAAGCUGGAGCGGAGGGACUCUGUGCUCUCUCUGAAUGUCUCCAUACCCAAGGAGGACCUGGACGCCUCUUUCAGAUGUGAGUCCUCCAACCUGGCAGAAAACAGAUCUCAGACUGUGGAGGUGAAGACGCUCUGCUCACAUGUCAUUUCAGAAGAAUCAACCAGGCUCCGUUGGGCAGCGAUCGGCAUCUCCAUAGCAAUGAUAGUUGUUAUCACUGCGUUGGUCGUUUGUUUAAUCAAGUGGAAACUCAGACUCAGACGCAGAAACUCAAGACGAGGACUUGGAAGCGAAGACUCAGUCCAGUAUACGGCAAUACAGUUCCAGGACAGGAACAUGCAGAGAACUACGUCUGACAUGCAGGACGCCUCCCACCUGGCUACGGUGUAUGGCGUCCUGAAGAAGGAUCACAUGGACCUGACAGAACCCUCCCAUCCAACCACGGUGUACGACCAGCUGCAGAGUCAUCGCAUGGACCUGACGGAGGCCUCCCACCUGGCCACCGUGUACGACCACCUACAGAAGGACCACAUGGACCCGACAGAAGCCCCCCAAUCCGCCACGGUGUACGACCAGCUGCAGAGUCAUCGCAUGGACCGGACGGGACCUGCAGAGUGAAGCAUCAGCCUGAACGUCCUGCAGAUGCGUCACUUUUCCUGCAGGCCUCAUGAAGAAUAUUUAUUAAUAAUAUAUCUGUGAACAUUUUGGUAAAAAUCCGUUUGUUGUCUUCAUUUGUGUUUUUGGUUGAAGUUUAAAUGCACAGAAGGUUCCCGGAAGCAGCUUAGAGCAGAAAAAACGUUCCUGACGGUUUUUGGUUUUCUUUUGUUCUCAUGUUCUCGAGUCGUUUCUGUUUCAAAGUUCUGUCUUGGUUCUGCUCAUCCAGACUCUGGUUCUCCUGCUUCUGGGCCGUCCUCAAACCUUAACGUGAACGUCUGAAGGAGGAGAACCUGAAGGUUCUGGUCAGAUUUAAAGGUGUCGCUGCAGGACUGUGUGUAGAGGACAGGAAGUGGGAAACUCUUCAUCGAUGGACUGACAGCAGAGUCCAUAAAAACUGAAGCCAAAGGAGGAAGAGGAGCAGAUCUGGUGAUGAAACCCAGAUCCCCCCCCCCCCCCCCCCCCCCCAGACAGAGACCGCUGUGGACGGUCCUCACCUAAACAUGAACCUCCAGAUGUUUGUGGUCCUUCAUCCCUACGUUAUACAUAAAAAAAGGACGGACUGAGACUGAAGAACAAAACAGAGCAAACUCAGAUUUCUGUAGUCCAGAUUAUUUCAUUUCAAACAACAUGUUAAUCCUCAACAGACCACCUUGCCCCACCUCUGUUCAGCUGAAUGUAAGUUCUGUUUUUUUUUUUUCUAAGAAUAAACUCCAGAAUCGACCUUA